ACACUCCACACAUUGCUCGUCAAAUGUUAAGUGCAUUGCGAUCCAUUCAGUGGUGGCAUAAAAAAAAGUUUCGCUCGAAAAUUGGUGGGGGCACUCACUCACUCUGAGCAGUAACUUUUUUUUUCCUCGCUCCCGCUCUCUUUGCUUGGUCAUUCGACUAGAUUCCCUUGAUUGACAGGGGUCAGGGAAAGCUAUUACGAAGUGAAUACAAAUAAAGUUCCUUCAUAGUUCCGCCAUCUCUCCCGGACUGUCAUAAGCUCAUCACUUGAUUGACACUUGAAGUGCAAUAAUUCCCUAGUUAAUCCUCGGAUCGUCGGCAGAAAACGCUCACGAUCCAUGAUCCCUGGAUCGAGUGGAACAAAGACCCAGUGCCAAGCUAACGGCGAUGCUUCCUUGAAGAUCCGUCAGGUGAAGAAGAAUUGAGGAAACAGUUGGGAAAACAACGCUCUCCGAGGACAGUUGUUGAGCUGGAUCCUGGAAAACAGACAAAGUGUUGUUGUGUCUUCGAGGCUUAAGGAGGACAUCAUGAGACUAAUCCCUCGUCAAUCCGCAUUCCAUAUCCAAAUCAAGGGUUUGUUCCUUCUGAUGUUGGUCACUUUUUGUAAUGCAACCCCCCGAAGAUCCAGAGAAAACGCCCAAUCCCAUCUCGAUCGUCUCAGUCCGUAUUUCAGAAGCUCCCAGAGCGUUCAAAAGGCCAAAGUCCACGAGACGGUCGAGUUCGAGUGCAAUGUGGCCAAUCUGGGCAAGAAUAUCAUCACGUGGCACAAUGUGAGCUCGGGACGGAUCAUUUUCGCCGGUCCAGUCAACAUGUUCCAAGAUGAGCGCUUGAGGAUUGAAGAAGGGGGCCGAGUCCUUCAUAUCAAUGAGAUUACCGAAUACGAUUCGGGGGCGUACAAGUGCCAAGUGGAGGUGAAGCUGAACCCUAUCUUCCUGGAACAUCACCUGAACGUUUUAGUUCCCCCGCGAGUGUUCCCCUCGCCUCCCGACGGUAAUUACGUGGUGCGCUCUGGAAAUGACAUUGAACUCAUUUGUCACGCCGAAGGAUCGCCCCAGCCAAUCAUCACUUGGCGACGAAAGGUGGGCAAUAAGAGAAUGCUGCCUUCGGGUGAGGCGGAAAUGCAGACCCCGAUCUUGAGAAUUCCCGGAGUUCAACGUUUUGAUGCAGGGAUCUUCGAGUGUACGGCCGAAAAUGGCGUGGGUGAGCCGGCCACAGCUGAGCUCAAUCUUCAAGUCAUUUAUGCUCCCAUCGUUAAAUUGAAGGACCGGAAAGUGUACGCGGAUCCCGGACAAGAUGAGAUCAUUUUGGAGUGCUUCGUUUACGGCGAACCUUUCCCGGAAGUCCACUGGAAGCAUCAGACCAAUGGGCAAAGACCCUCGAAUAGCCCUCAAUCAAGGCUUUUCACCAAAAUGGAGGGCAACCGUUCCAUUCUGAAGAUCAAAAACAUUGAUGAGCGAGAUUAUGGGACGUACGAGUGCGCCGCUCACAACAAUGAGGGAACCGCCACAGGAGAAGUGGAACUCACGGGAGAGCCUCACCAACCAGAGAUCUUGAGUCCUGAGGACAGCCCCACCAAACACUCCUACUCGUUACGAUGGAGUAUCAAGAGCCCUUACCGGAUCCUCCAGCAGAAAGUCAACUAUUGGGAGCUCAAGCCGACCACGAACCACAAUGUUCAGAAUCCCCACAAAACUCGGGAGGAACAACGGAACGAGCUUCACUUGCACUCUCAUGAGCAACACCGCUUGACUCAGGCAAGGAUCAUCGAGAACGGCCUCUAUCCGGAAAUCAACAAGUACAUCUACGAGGUCAACAUCCCUGACCUCAAGCCCGAUCGGACUUAUGUGGUCCAGGUGAAAGCCACCAACAAAUUCCACGAGGGAGAUUGGUCCGAAAAGUUCUUGUUCCGAACCAAUGGUAGAGUUUUGGGCCAUUCUGUGCGCGGCAAGUCCGGUUUGACGAGUCUGGGAUCGAAGUUGACGCCUGAGCUGUGGACAUUAUUAAUCAUUCUAAUGGCUUCGGUCCCAAGAUGGUGAGGCAAACCCCAUCCAUAUUGGCAUACUACAUACACAUAACCACACACCAAAAAACGAGCUCCAUUCGCGACACCUCCCGGAUCUGUGAUAAUCCGCGCUAGCAAAAAAUGGUUCAGCCGGUUGACUACCUACUACGUACUACGAUGUUCUGGCCUCAGAAUCUCCGAGAAGAACAAGGAAAGGCGGAAGGCCGCCUGGAGGGCCUGUGAAGGCCUCUCUUUCUCGCUCUCUCUCUGUCUCUUCAUUCUCCCCGAGGAGGAACAACAAGAAGAAAAGACGAUGCCUCGCUUCUUUAUCGUCGAAAAUUGAAUGAUAUACAAUUGCUUACGACAACCCUAGUGUGCCAAAAGCCAACAAAGGACGCCUCGAUUUAGGGCCCGAGCCAAUCAAGUGUUUAGGAACCAGAUAUGAUUUGAAAUAAUGAUCCAAUAUAUUUCCAUUCAAGACUGAAAGAAACUCGAAAUCUCCGAGUCGUGCCGCCUUUGCUCAGUUCUCUACAUGAUACGAACAAUAAUGAAUCAAGCCAUUGCUAUCCCUAAACUAUUCCUGACUAGUCCGAUAUUCAUGAUAAAAGAAGAAGAAAAAAAAUCGAUAUUUACCUUCAAAAUUGAGCUUCUGUUUGCCUAUUACGGAAUCUCGAAAUUACUCCGAAGAAAGUGUUUCUGAUUUUUCAUUUCAACUUAUACAAAAAGUUAUCUCCAUAAUAUGACCUUGUUCAGUUCGUCUCACUCGUUGCUCCGCCAAAAUAAAUGAAUGCCAAGAUUUGCGUGCUGAAUAAACUUAUGUUGAUGUCGUCUCA